AUGAGCUGCAACGGGUGCCGCGUGCUGCGCAAGGGGUGCAGCGACGCCUGCGUGCUGCGGCCCAGCAUCGAGUGGAUCGACGGCGCCCAGCCGCAGGCCAACGCCACCGUCUUCGUCGCCAAGUUCUUCGGCCGCGCCGGCCUCGUCGCCUCCCUCGCCGCCGUCCCGCUCCACCACCGCCCAGCCUUGUUCCGGUCGCUUCUGUACGAGGCGUGUGGGCGGACGAUCAACCCGGUGAGCGGCGCCAUCGGGCUCAUGUGGACCAGCAACUGGGACCUCUGCCAGGCCGCCGCCGAGGCCGUGCUGCGCGGCGACUCCCUGCGCUCGCUCUCCGCCGUGCCCGCCGCCUUCACGGAGCGCGACAUGGCCGGCCUCUACGGCAACGUCGGCACCAACACCGGCAGCUCCUCCUCCCUCCACUCCUCGCCGGAGAACUCCACGUCCGCGCCCGCCAGGAAGCGGAGCAAGAACAGCCCCGGCUGCGGCGCCGUAGGAGGGCAGCAGCAGGUGAAGCUGCCGGGGCCGGGGCCGGUGCUGCAGUCGUGCGAGCUGGACCUCUGCCUGACGCCCUUGUCGUCGCCGCUGGCCGGCGGGAGGCGAGGCGGCGCGUCGGACGAGUACUCCACCACGACGUGCUGCGAGGAAGCCAGCGGCGACGCGGCGGAGGCCGGGGCGCCCCCGCUGCUGAACCUCUUCAACUGA